AUGACGAGAUCAGCGAGCCUUUGCGCUGCAAUUGAUGCCUGGCGGGCCACUGUCCAAACGCCCGACGAGCCCGGCAAACACGGCGAACAGGCGCUGCCCAGCCGUCCGCGAAAACGACGCCGCAUCCAUCCCAACACUGAGUUGAGGGUUCCAUUGUCACCGCCAUCGUCGCACUCUCCCGGUUUCGUUUCUUCUCUGAUGGAAUCCAGGCCCCUUACAGGAGUCAAACGCAAGCAUGACAACAGUCAGCAGGACAAUGACGGCGACGAAGAGCCAAGCGCAAGCCUUCUUCCUAAUAUACACGACAUCCAUUCCACGCCGCGAGCGUCCCAGCUCAACGACCAACGCAUUGCUCGCGCAUCCACGCCUAGCCUCUCAUCGGCGUCUAGCGUUUCAUCACGGACGUCCUCACCUACGAAACAGUUGAGAAGACUGGCUCUUCAGGCCGACGGCUUUGUCCAUCGCAAGUUUGCGAAGAGCCGCGCUGAAUUGCCCUCCUCGCUCGCCACACUCGUCAACGAGCUGCAGGGAAUCAGAUAUGGGUUUCAACUACUGCCGCAUGGCAUGCGCAUCGAGGUACAUACUUUAAAAUCCAUGACGAGAUUGUCAUCGCCUGCUCCAUUCCCUUCUGCCAUGGACGCUUGUCUUCUACCGAUUGGACCACAGACUGACAGUUCGCCGAUCAAAUGCCAGUUUGCCGACUUCGAUAUACCAGAUCAGGCUUAUCUCCCCGAGGGCAUUCCUGCACCACCCGGCUUCCGGUGCCCACCCCGAGAUCUCGUUGCAUGGCUACUAGACCAGGCCGAAGACUGCGAAAUCAACCUUCACGGCGAACCUAGCUGGAACACGGAGCUCCACCUGCCAAUGAUGGAAUGGGCGCUUCGACCGAACCGCCACCGCGGCCUUGUUGACUACACAUACUGCACUGGCGCCCAGGUGGUUAAAACAUACAGGGCGAAGCAAUCAGCGUCGAACAUGGUUGACUUUUGCAUGGUCAUCCGCCCUCCCGGAGGAAGUGCUGAGGCCAGCCGGAUUGAUGAGGUUCGGGAAAAUCGACCAGAUGUGACCAUCAAUCAUACGGACCACGGAAUUUUGUGCAAAAGCCCCAUCGUCGUAUCGUUCGAGACCAAGCGUCCCGGCGCCGACCUCGAGAAGGCGAUGGUGCAGAUGGGAUCAUGGCACUCGUCACAAUGGCGGAGUUUCCUGCAAGGCCCUACCGACCCGCGGGCAGUCCAGUUUUUGCCUGGCGUCAUUAUCAGCGGCCACAGCUGGUCUUUCGUUGCUAGCGCGAUCCAAGAUGGCAAGUCCGUUCUUUACAGCGACGUCGAGCUCGGCAAGACGUCGACCGAGUUCGGGAUCAUUACUGUGCUUCUUGCCAUGCAGCACCUCGCCCGCUGGGCUGAAAACACAUACUGGCCCGUAUUCAAGUCCGAGAUCCUUCAAAUGUGA